AUGUCGAUUCCUCAGAAGCAAAAAGCGGUUAUUUACGACCAGCCAGGCACGGUUUCCACCAAAGUGGUAGAGAUUGAUGUUCCUGAGCCCGGCGCUGGCGAGGUUCUGAUCAACCUAACUCACUCGGGCGUGUGCCACUCCGACUAUGGGAUUAUGACAAAUACUUGGAAAAUGCUCCCGUACCCAACCCAGCCGGGCCAAGUUGGAGGGCACGAAGGAGUUGGAAAGAUUGUGAAGCUCGGUCCUGGGACGGACUCCUCCGGCCUGAAGGUUGGUGAUCGGGUCGGCAUUAAAUGGGUGGCCAGCGCUUGUGGAAACUGCCAGCCUUGUGGAGCCGGCUUCGACGGACUGUGCUUCAAUCAGAAGGUCUCGGGAUACUACAACCCCGGAACCUUCCAGCAGUACGCUCUUGGACCAGCCAACUAUGUGACACCCAUUCCCGACGGGCUAGACUCUGCCGCCGCUGCCCCCAUGCUCUGCGCCGGUGUGACCGUAUAUUCCGCCUUGAAGCGAAGUAACGUCCGACCCGGGCAAUGGGUCGUCAUUUCCGGUGCCGGAGGCGGCCUUGGCCACAUCGCAGUGCAACUGGCCAGUCGAGGCAUGGGCCAACGUGUUAUUGGAAUUGACCACGGAAGUAAGGCGGAUCUGGUCAAGGAGUCUGGCGCCGAGCAUUUCAUCGAUAUCACACAGUUCCCCAAGGACGACAACGGUGAAGCGCUGCAAAAGCAUGUCAAGUCCUUGACGGAAGGACUCGGGGCACACGCAGUCGUUGUCUGCACUGCUGCAAAUGCAGCCUAUGCACAGGCGUUGCCCCUGCUGCGAUUCGCGACGGCCUUCCCGAUGACUUUCAUCAAUCAACACAUCACAGUGACUGGGUCGGCAGUCGGGAAUCGCACCGAUGCGAUCGAGACGAUGGAAUUUGCCUCUCGGGGGAUUAUCAAAGCUCAUUAUCGUUUAGAGAAUAUGGAGAAUCUCACUGCCGUGUUCCAGGAGAUGGCAGAAGGGAAAUUGCAGGGUCGGGUGGUAUUGGAUCUGACUCAAUAG